GACUAGAGAAGUUCUAUUAAUUUAGCGAAUUAUUAAAUUAUCGAGUUAAUAAUUUAACACGUUUUCACCGAGUCGGAACCGAGAGAAACUAUUAUUUAAUCGAGGUUAUUAAUUUAUCAAGUUUCUACUGUUGUAUAUGUAUGGGACAGGAAGAACAAGACGUUUCCAAGGAACGAAGUCCAAAUGGGGAUUUUCAAAAUUUAUUUCAAAGGAAAGUCUGACAGAUCCAUCAAAUGGAUAUGUAGUUGGUGACAAGUCAUGUGUGUUUGGUGCUGAGGUUUUUGUGGCUAAAAAAGAAGCAAUCACUCAAUGCGUGUCUUCAAGAAAUGUUGACAUUCCUUACAAACGUGAUUGGAUUAUUCCAAACUUCUCCAAACUCGGAGAUGAUUGGAAAUCUGAGGAAUUCAGUGCUGGAGGCGAAAAAUGGACGAUUAGGCUUUACCCGAAAGGAGUAAGUAGUGGCACCCAUGUCGACAUCUUCGUGUGGUAUUACGGUUGUGAAAGAGUGGAAGCAUGUUUUACCAUACGUAUGAAAGAGCAGGUUUUUGAUCAAGAAUACGAGAAAUCAUGUAAAGAUUACUUGUUUACGGCUUCCUCCAGACAUUGGCUACUGCGUAAUUUCAUGGAGAUUGAAACUAUGAAUGAUCCUAAAAAGGGAUUCAUUGUGAACGACUCUUGUCUUCUGCAACUUGAAAUCUCAUCUCUCAAAGAUGUGGUAGAAUAA